AUGAAACCAAUAGACUUCGGCAGAGCACAACGUGCUGAGUUGCAUCAUUUUUCAGACACAAGUGGUUAUGAAGCUGUCUCUUACAUAAGAAUAAUCAAUCACAGCAAUAAGAUCUACUGUGCCUUACUUAUGUCAAAGGCUAGAGUUGUACCGCUCAAGCAAAUAACAAUACUGCGGAUGGAAUUAACUGUGGCUACAGUAGCUAUACAAUUGGACAAAAUGUUAAGAGGAGAAUUAGACGUCAUUGUAGAUAACUCAUACUUCUGGACAGACAGUAAAACUGUUCUUUGGUACAUCAUGAAUAAAGCUAUGAGAUUUCACACCUUUGUAGCUAACAGAUUGGCAGUGAUUCAUGGAGGAUCAACUGAAGAUCAGUCGAGAUUUGUGAACAUCGCUGAGAAUCCUGCAGAUGAAUGA